CGGAAACAGCGUUGCUCGUACCCGGAGUGCGCAAAACCUUACCUAUCAGGAGGGAAAUGUCGUGGGCAUGGUGGCGGGUAUCAAUGUAGGCACCCAGGCUGCACGAACCUCCGACAACAACAAAAUGGCGGCAAAUGUUGUGGGCACGGUGGGGGUCAACGGUGCUCGUAUCCAGGAUGCACGAAGCUCGGCCGCGUUGGGAGCAAGUGCUGUGCCCAUGGUGGGCGAAGACGCUGCUCACAUCCGGGGUGCUCGAAAUACGGCAUUUUCCACUUCAACUUGAGGGGCAAACAUGCUACUUCAUUGUGA